GAGUUGACUUGAAAAAUAUGCUUCUAUAAAUCAUCACAUUAAUCUUCAUCAUUUCAAACUUGUAUCACAUCUUAAUCUUGUAUUAUGGCUUUGACUAGCUACUAUUUGAUGCUCAUUUGUUCACUUCUCCUCUCCAUUUCUUCUUCCAUAGGCCAAACUUCUUUUCAGCCUAAAGCUCUACUCCUUCCUGUGACCAAAGACUCUACUACUCUCCAAUACAUUACCCAAAUUGGUCAAAGAACUCCUCUUGUGCCCAUCAAGUUGACAAUUCAUCUUGGUGGACAAACUUUAUGGGUAGACUGUGAAGAUGGUUACGUGAGUUCCACUUAUCGACCAGCUCGUUGUGGCUCAGCUCAAUGUACCCUCGCCAAAGUUAACACUUGUGGAGACUGCAACACCACUCCCAGAAUUGGUUGCAGCAAUAAUGCAUGUUAUAAUACCCCUGAAAAUCCAUUCAUCAAGACUUUAUAUGAUGGUGGUGAAAUUACUGAAGACGUUUUAUCGAUACAAUACACUGAUAGAUCAAAUCCAGGUAAGUUUGUUAAGAUUCCAAGCUUCAUUUUCACCUGUGUUCCUACAUUCUUGACUGAUGGUCUAGCUAGUGGAGUGAAAGGGACUGUCGGAUUGGGAAGAAAUCGUAUUGCGCUUCCUUCCCAAUUAGCUGAAAUCUUCAGCUUUCCAAGAAAAUUUGCUAUUUGUUUGAGUUCAUCCACCAAAUCAUCUGGUGUCAUAAUUUUUGGUGAUGGGCCUUAUAUGAUGCUUCCAAAUAUUGAUAUCUCUAAAAAUCUCAUCUUUACGCCAUUGAUCACCAACCCUUUUGGUACUGGAUCAGUUCCAUUCCUAAAUGAAUCUUCCUCAGAGUACUUCAUUGGAGUGAAAUCUAUUAGAGUGAAUGGAAAACCAGUGCCAAUUAACAAAAAAUUGCUCUCAAUUGACAAGAGAGGAAAUGGUGGAACCAAAAUCAGCACAGGGAGUCCUUACACAAUCUUGGAAUCUUCCAUCUAUGAUGCUGUGACUAAAGCUUUCGUUCAAGAACUAUCUAAUGUGACCAGAGUGGCUGCUGUGGCACCUUUCGAGACUUGUUUCAGCUCAAAAAAUAUCGGUAGCACAAGGGCUGUUCCUGCCAUUGAUCUUGUGUUGCAGAGUAAACAAGUCUAUUGGAGGAUUUUUGGUUCAAAUUCAAUGGUGGAAGUUAGCCCAGAUGUGAUAUGUUUAGGAUUUGUGAAUGGUGGGAUUAAACCUACGACUUCAAUAGUAAUAGGAGGAUAUCAACUUGAGGACAAUCUUCUACAGUUUGACCUUCCAAGAUCAACACUUGGUUUCAGCUCAUCCCUUUUGUUUCGCCAAAUUACAUGUGCCAAUUUCAAUUUCACAUCAAAGGCUUAAAAAGCUUUUUUUAGCAGUAUCUGUUGUCGUAUCCAAAAUUAUUGUAUUAAAGAUAAAAGAAAAUAAUACAGACAAAAACUUAUAUGUUCAAUUCA